UGAUCAACAUUAUGCUGCCAGGCAUGCAUUCAAGGCGAAAAGCAGCACGUCUAGUAAACAUAAAAAAUUCAAGGUACUAAGGUCGGUUCAAUGAUAGAGAUGAUGACAGGUACUAAGAUAGUUGACACUGGACUCGUGCCAGCAAGUUAAUCUUCUCUAUGAUCUAAGAUCUGUUCGAAUGAAGAAGACACUUCAGAAUUUAUUCAGGAAUUUCUACCCUAGACGAGGUCGGCCUGACGGUAAAGAAUUUCUUCGACAAAAAUUAGAAAGCUUGUACUUGGAACCAGGACAAAACACUCGAACGUCCGCCAUGAGUUCUUUGGCGGGGCCGGAUGGAGGAACCGGUGAGGCGACGUUCCAAUUCCAGGACGGGUUACGGUCGUUGCCUGUUCCAUCGCUGGACCAGACUCUGGCUAAGUACCUCGACUCAGUGAGACCACAUGUAACUGAAGCUGAGUUGCAGGCGACGGAAGCCAUAGCAGAGAGGUUUCGCACGGGUAUUGGCCAGCAGCUUCAGGAGAAACUUCUGGAGAUUGGCAGAAGGCAGCGAAACUGGGUGGAGAGAUUCUGGGAGCCGUACGCCUACCUCGACCUAAGAGUACCAAUCCUGCCGUUCGUCAACUUCGGCGGACCCGGGCCGCUCGUCAACAGCGUGUGGCCAGCAGAGGGCGGCACGCAGCUGGAACGCGCCGCGCUGUUCGUAUGGAUGAGAACGAGGCACUGGUUGCGCAUGCGCAGGCAGGAGGUGAAAGCGCAAACACAGUGCCGGCACGGUUUCAGCGCCAGCCUGGAGGCACGGCCGGCGGACAGCUGCGUGACGAGCAGGGACCCGCCCGGCCGGCUCGACCAUUCUCCACCUAGCGAAACGACGCGCGACAUCAUGGGCAGCAGGCCAGCAGCAACCUACGAGACUGCUACGACACGCAAGUUCUACCACGGUCGCACCGAGACGGUACGCUCCUGCACUGUCGAGGGGAUCGAGUGGUGCCGCUCGAUGCUAGAUGGCGCCACUACGCCGUUCGAGACGAAGCUUUCCUUGCUGAGACGUGCCAGGGAGAAGCAGGCUAAGCUAAUGAGGGAGGCGAUGAAUGGAGAGGGGUGCGACCGCCACCUGUUCGGCCUCUACUGUCUGGCCAUGGAGGAGGGACUUCCCAUACCGCAAUUGUACACGGACCCGUCGUGGAGUAAAAGCGGUGGAGGUGGCAACUUUACGCUGUCGACUAGCUGGGUGGGAUACACGACCGUGAGCGGCGGCGUCGGUCCAAUGUGUAGCAACGGCUACGGAUGUUUCUACCGCACCAACGACGAAAAGUUCGUCUUCUACAUCAGCCGAUUCACGGCAGACGCUGACACGAGCUGCUCUCAGUUCUAUGAUAGCCUGAAGAGGGCGCUGCGAGAUCAACUCGACCUGUGGCAGGCAGCAUCUGCCGAGGGUGUGACCGCGAAACUGUGAUAACUAUAAAUCAUAUUGCGUCAUCGUAUGCACAAUUACGGACUGCUGUUGUUGAUGACAUUUUAACAUAGAUAAUGCAAACAAUGCAAUAAGUAUAAGCCUUGUCCGUUCUUCCUAUUCGCAAUUCAGGAGAGAGCGGUUGUUGCUGUUUUUUAGUAGUUACCAACAACGUAACAAUGUUUGUAUGCACAAUUCAGGUGCUCCGUUAUCGCGGUGCUUUUAUUGUAGAUAUCGGUGUGACUUGUUAAAUUGUUUGUUCUUGCAUGUUGCGCGAAAAAUAAUUUGCUCGUUAAAAUCGUCGAGUUGAAGCACUCAGUGUUUUUUUUUACACGUGUACAGUUUUCAUUUUAAGCGGGUACUUCCAAGCCCAAGUUGAUGUCAUGGUCGUGAAUCCUCUUUCUGCUGUUAAUGCGGUCGUCAUGACGACGGUUUCACGCGUGAACACGUGGCAAUGCGUCGUCGUUAGUUUGUUGUGACGGGCGAAGGCCCCACCUCGCAGGAUUUUGCGUGCAUGCGGUUUUCAGAAUCCGAUCUCGUUUUAUCUCGUUUUAUCUCGUUAAAGGGGGGCCGGUUUCACUGCAACAAACACGGCUUCCUGGCGAGAAAGCUGAGAAGAGACAUCGUGCGUCUAUCUGUGCUAGGCAUCACCUCGGUUGGAUUCACAUUCCCGCAUGCAGACUGGUGCCGAUGCGUCCUAGCCAGUACACGGGCGUAGUCGCGCGACGGGGCCGUCGGCAGUCUAUGGGUCUGCUGUGACUUGUCUUGUGACUACUAUAUUGUGACUACUGGUCUACAUGAUGAGUUCUGAGUGCCCGCGCUUCGACUGUUAAGUUUUCUUCAUGCAAGGGUCACGUGUGCUGGCUUGCUAAUGCGCCAGUCGUUGCAGCUCGAUGAUUAGUGGCAGCUGCCGUGGCUAAAUUGCUAUAUAAUACCGUAAUACGUCAUGUUAGGGUUGUCAUGUGUCAAGUGUGUGCAGCCAUUGUUGUUUUGUUUGGUGAUGGCUGCCAUGCCAACCAUUGAGCGCAGCAAAUAUUUUGUUGGGCUAGAGUUGCGACGCCUACGAGCGUAGGAAAUUUUUUACUUACCCACACAAACUGCAACCGUAAAUGGUGCCCGAUACCAAGAGUACGUGGUGUUAAGUAGGUGGGGGACAGAGAACAGAUGUGUAGGUUGAGCAGUGUUAAUUCAAAUUUAUAACCUUAUUAUAAAGCGCAGCUGACGAAGUCAGAUGCAGCUUGUAGAAUCGCAUGAAUG